CACGCCUCCCCGGGGUGCGGCGUGUGGCCGAGGGCGCCGCAGAGUUUGCCGGUUCUCGGUUACCCGACCCUCGCGGGACGGGUGCGCGGCCGCUCCGGGUGCCCCGGCCUUCUCGUGUCCCAGGGCUUCCCACCCCAAUUCCCCGUUCGCCUUGCUUCCCUCAGCCCUGUCCCGGUGUCGGGAAGCAGACGGGCUUCUUCGUGGGGGCGGAGCACCGGCGGCUCUGGUGGGGCGCAGCGCGUGUGGCUCCCCUCGCCCCGUCCCCCCCCGGCCGUUCCCGGCCCUGCCGCCCGCGCGGGUCUCUCCAGCGGCGCUGGUGUCGGCGGGGCGACUUGCUCGGAAGCGGUUCCGUGCUACAUUCGACCGUGUAGCGGGCCCAGCUGCAGAGGUCACUCAUGUUUUCCUUCAGCACUGUGAAAACUGCUAUUCGCAGCAGACUGCUUCCUCUAUUAAGGCUUAUUUUGAACUACAAAACAAGAAACGUUCCCCUGUUCCGCUGUUUAUUCUAUAUUGGUCCAGUUUCGUAGACGGGAUGUUUCUGUGAGUGUUCUUUCUAGCUUACAGUCUGUGUAAUCUUUCAGUGUUAUGAUAAAAAUCCCAGUCUAGUGCAGAUUUAGUUUCCUACCGUGUUUACAAGUUGUGGAUUAUUUUAAUGGCUUUAGUGUUUGGAAUUUCCUGAGACUGUGGAAGAAUAGGUAUUGUACUGUUUUCUAGCCAAUUUUUCUCACAUAUAAAAUUUCAUAAAACUGUACACUUCUGUGUUUUUAAGCUGUGGCAUGAAGUUGUUUAUUUAUUCUCCAAAUCCUUGUUCUCUGAAGUCCUUGUUCAGUUAAUUAAUUGCUCUUACUUUUCAUGACAAGUCAACUCUUUUUGAUUAUGCACUUUAAAUUUGGAUGGCUUGUCUGUGCUUUCUAUCCGUGUCUGAUGCUUUACUAUACAGUCAGUAAGAGCUAUUAUUUGAAUUUGUAUUUGUUUAUGGACUUCUUAGCGAUCCCAUUAUGAUCUGGGACCACUGUGUCUGGUUUUCACCACUGAAGGUUGUGUAUUGUAUCCCUGGUCCAUCGUGGAGAACUUGGUGUUUAUCACCGAAGAAUUAUGGAGGAGAGCUGUUAUAAAUGAUGUUUAAAAAUUGGGAUAAGAAAGCGGAGUUGUGAAUCCAGAAGUACUACAGAUUAAAUACAUCAUGAAGUAGCAGGGCAGCGGAUUUGCUUUUUCAAGACAUGAAGUGAGUGUGCUCAGAGUAGGUGAGAAGCUGGGAGGGAACGUGGCUGGGACAGCUGACCCAAACUCACCAGAGGGACAGUCUGUGACAUGUAACAUCAUGCUGGGCAACAAAAACUGAGAUGGAGGAAAAAGGAUUUUAAUGAUUUUGGUUUCUUUGGGAGGACUUUUUCUUGGCUCCCAAGGCAGUUGUUAUUUGGAGGAAGGCUGGACAUCAGUCAGCCUGUGGGAGGUGGUGAGUGAUUUCCUUUGUUUGGUGUUUUUCUUUCCACUGAUGAAGCUGUCUUUAUCUUGACCCACAAGUUUUGUCGACUUUGUUCUUUCCCAUCCUGCUGAUGGGGACGAGGAGUGAACAAUCAGCUGUGUAGGUGCUUGGCUGCUGACUGGGGUCGACUCACCACAAAAGUACAGAGAACAGAUGGUCUUUAGUGAAGUUUCUAAAUGGGCAGUUGUUUUCAGUUUCUUGUGGUCACAGGGUACUGGUCCAGAAGUGACAUGGAGUCUGUUAGUGACAGAGUUUGGGCUUUGCUCUUGUUUUGCAGUGUUCAGGUAGAGUGACAGUAAUGGUUAUUGAUAAGUAACUCGUCAUCAGGAUCUAGUGCUUUAUAGAGCAAGGUUUGUAGAAGGAGUGUUCUCAAAUGCUUGGAGUGCUGGGCUGUUGUGUUUGUUUUAAAGCGAUGCAGUCAUUUGCUACAGAGGCUUGUGCUCUGAGAAUAUUGUCCUAUUUAUUGUGUGAUGUUAGAAAAUGUUGAAAAUCAGGAUAUCUUGUUCUUAUGUUUGAAAGGCAGUAGAGUAAGGAUUUAGGGAAAAUACUGAAGUUGGCUUUGUAAAUUCAAGUACUUCCUGAAGUUUCUCCAUGUUGGAUAUUUUUGCUCUCAUUUGAUGGGCUUCACUGUGUAUGUAAAGUGCAGUGCUGGACUGGUGAGUAGCAUACUCUUGUUGUGAAGUUUGAAACCAGGUGGAUUUCAGAAGAAUGGAUGUGUCGUGUAAUCCUGAGAUGGACCUAAGCACCUUUCAAGAACUCAGUUGAGAACUGUUCCCUCGAUACACUGUCAGUCUGUUUCAUUGCAACACUUCAGUGUGGCACAACUGAUGACCAAGUAAUCUCAUCGUAUUUACAUCAUUUCCAGAAGUCAACUUAAAUUUUGAAUUUCUUUUGCUUCUAAAAUGGAAACAAAGAUGCGGUGCAUGGCAUCUUGGAACAUGGAAGGAGUUCUUCACAUGGGUUCAUAACAUGCUUGGCUUUAGUAUUAGCCACUGCUAUGGAUGAGCUGCAGCAGUGUAGCACAGUGUGUAAAGCAAAGUACAGGUAUCAGCCAUUAAUUAUGUUUCAUUUUCUUUCCACAGUUAAGUUGAUUUUACAGAAUUUAUCAGGUCUCCAAAGCAGAAACAGGUGAUUUUUGCUGUGGGUUGAGCUCAGCAUGGCUGUAGUCAUCCGUUUACAGGGGCUUCCUGUUGUUGCGGGUCCUCCAGAUAUUCGUCGUUUCUUCUUGGGAUUGAAUAUUCCUGAUGGAGGUGUGCAUAUUAUUGGAGGAGAGAUUGGGGAGGCUUUUAUUAUAUUUGCAACAGAUGAAGAUGCACGGCGUGCCAUGAGCUGUUCGGGAGGGUUUAUCAAGGACUCGCGCAUAGAGCUCUUUCUCAGCAGCAAGGCAGAGAUGCAGAGUACCAUAGAAAUGAGCCGGAAACGAUUUGACCGUGGGGGACGAGAAACUAUGUCUGGCUCUAGAAGAACAGGUACUAAUGGUUCUAGUACAUCAAGUGUUGGAGACAUACCACAUUUAGUUACAGCUUCUCCAAAAGGAGUAAGAAAACCUAGUUAUGGGCCACCAAAUCGUGUGGAGGCUGCUUUCCAUACCAACGGCACAAGAUACGGUGAUACGGGUAUACCUAAGUCAAACUAUCAGUUAAGAAAGGAUUCUCACCCAUUUAACCCAGAUGAUCGUUACUUAUUUCUACGUGGUAUACCUUACUCUGCAACAGAAGUUGAAGUACGUGCUUUCCUUUCGGGGAUACGUGUGGAUGGAGUGAUUCUGAUAAAGCACCGCAAUGGUUUAAACAAUGGUGAUUGCUUGAUAAAAUGUGCUACACCUGGUGAUGCCUUAGAAGGACUUAAACGUCAUAGACAAUACAUGGGUCAGAGGUUUAUAGAAAUUAGUCCAACUACAGAGGAACGGUGGAUUGAAUGUGGUGGGCGGAUAGACAUGCCAGAUGAAAUGGAUCACUUUUUGUGUGAAGACCAUUCUCCAAGAAGUUCUGGCUACAUGCAUUCAAGGAAACGUUCUCGUUCAAGAUCACCAAGGAGACAAAGAACACAUUCUCGUUCAUCUCCUAGCCAGGAAUAUUACAUACACUUAAGAAAUCUAUCUUUUCAUGUAGAAAAGAGAGAUUUGAGAGAUUUUUUUCCUGAACUGGAUAUACACAGCAAACAGAUCAAGAUUCUAACAGAUAAGCAUCAGAAAAGGACUAGAGAUGCCUUUGUGGUGUUAAGGAGUGAGAGAGAGUAUCAGGCUGCUUUGGAAUGUCAUAGAAAGGUUCUUCUCAAUCGUCCUGUGUACAUUUUUCCAAUUUCAAGAAAGUCAAUGUUGAAAAUAAUUGACUCUUGUGAGAGGAAAAGAUCACUGGACAGAGAUCAUCUUGGACAGGCCAUAUCAGAAAAAAAUUAUCGGGAAGGUCAUUCCAGCCCUAAGAAUUGUGUUUAUGUAAGGAAUUUUCCAUUUGAUGUGUCAAAAAUUGAAGUGCAAAAGUUCUUUGCAAGAUUUGAUAUUGAUGAAGAUGAUAUUUACUUGCUCUAUGAUGAAAAAGGAGUUGGACUGGGAGAAGCACUAGUGAAGUUUAAAUCUGAAGAACAGGCCAUGAAAGCUGAAAAUUUAAACCGUCAAACAUUUUUGGGAACAGAAGUGUUAAUACGACUUAUAUCUCAAGAUCAGAUGCACAAGUUUGGUGUUGCUGCAUCAUUAUCGGCACCAAAUGAAAUGCAUGGUCAUUUACAUCCGUAUGACAGAGGUGACCUCUCCCGUCCAGUUGGUUCACCAUCUGGGCCACCACAAGGGCCACCCAUGCAUUCUUUUGGUCCCCCUGGGAACUUCAGGCAUCAUUCUGAAUUUAGACAUCCCCCUGAGGAGUUCAUGUGCCCUCCUAAGGAUUUUAGGGGUCCAGCACCCCUCAUGGAUUUUGGUGGUGACAGUGAACCUUUUGGCAGAAUGGAGUUUGGGAAUAAUAAAAUGGGAAAUUUUCCUGAAGGAAGAUUUAUGCCAGAUCCAAAUUUCAGUGGUGGUUCUGAACGUGUUGUGCCUAUUCUGUUGAAAAAUUUACCUUUUAAAGCUACUCCUAAUGAGAUUCUGGAUUUUUUCUAUGGCUAUAGAGUGAUACCAGAGUCAGUUUCUGUGCAGUACAAUGAACAAGGAUUACCUUCCGGUGAGGCCAUUGUUGCUAUGACAAACUAUGAGGAAGCUAUGGCUGCUAUUAAUGAACUGAAUGAUAGGCCCAUUGGUCCACGGAAAGUUAAGUUGAGUUUGCUGUAAAGGAGGAAAAGAUGCUCUAAUAACACGUUCUAGGUAUGACAGUAUUGUCAGUUAUUUUAACUUUUAAUUGCUGGAAGAUGCAAAACAGACAGUUUCCAUCAACGGUUGUAAAUAAUACCCAGUUCAGUUGUUUAGCUCUUGGUUAAAAUACCUGUAUGACAUUGAAUGCCAUACUUCAAGGUAUAAAAGGAUGGAGUUGUAAUGCUUUGGGUUUUUUUUUUUUUUUUUUUUUUAGAUUAAUUCCAGUCUUAUGUCUUUGCAUCAAAUAAAAACGUAAGUGCUGGUUGACUGACCAUACAAAUGGUUCAAAUAGAAGAUUUUCAGUGCUACCUGCAUUAGUAAAUGACACUUCUUACUGAGGUUAGCUUAAUAAAAUUUUAAAAUGA